CACAUGGUUUGACAGAGGUAUUAUUUUCUUCCUGAGGUAUGGAAGAGAAGAAGCGUCUCUGAGGGUGCCUGACGUUACACGUCGCCUUCAAGUAUUUUGCUCUGAUUGACGAAUGAGGUGUACGGGGGCUUUAUACGUUUGAAGUUUACGCAGGCUGUCAAGCACGCAGGUGGUCUGGUGUGGGAACGCCGGGAUCCACAGAGGGAUAGCCACUUCUUCAGCUCUGAAAACACAUUGAGGGGACCGGCUUGGGAUAUUUACCGCGGUCAAGAAGGUACUGUGGAGAGGUGAGGGCCCUACAGCCCGAGCUGCUGUUUACUUUUACCUGACCAUUGAAGUUGUUUAGGGGCAACACCAUGAAAGAGAGCCAUUGUGGAUAUGAAAAUCAGCUGUUCAAAGAAGAAGAUCUGGCAGGAGAAGAAGAGGAGAUGCCUCCAUUUAGAGGAAGGACCCGGGGCGGCUGCAUUAAGUGCCAGCAGAAGCAUUCUCUCAGUGUGACUGUCAAAGCGCUAUACGCAUUUUUCGCUUUCCUUGCCCUCGCUGUCACCGUGCUGGCGUCACUGGUCAUGCAGAAGAUUGACUACUUAUCCAAGGAAGAAAACCUUUAUAACAAGAAAAUUGUGAAUGUACAAGAAAGUUUACAAGAUCUCAGCACUGCCAGCAAUGUUUCAGAUCUCUUUGACGGCACCCGUUUCGGGGAAGAGAUCAGCAAGCUCAAGAGGGAGCUGGAGGAUAUUCAAAAACUGAUUCUCGGUCAGGAGCAAGCGCUAAACCAGACUAAAGACACUCAGCAAACUCUUUUGCUGUCUAACAAUAGGAUGACACGUGACAUGCAGAAUUAUUCCAUGGGCAUGAGGCUCGUGAAUCAGUCGCUGGAGAGCUACUUGGGUCUGGUAAAUGGCUGGCAGGUAGUCAUUACCGAAACUGACGAAGCUAUGAAGUCUUUCAUUGAAGACCAAUAUGAUCUUAAAGCAACAGUUCAACAAGUCAACACCACAGCACUGCUUAGCAAGCAGUGGAUUGAAACUCUUAAGAGAAAGGCAGAUGAGGAGACCCUGCUUUUGCAAAAACUGACAACAGAAUGGCAGAACUACAGCAAGGUUCUGGGAGCAAUCAAGUCCAACUCCAGUACCACAAGCCAGUCAAUAAGAAGCAUCCAGAAUGGAAUUUCUUCCACGCACCAAAGGAUCAGCAUGAGCUCAGAAAUGGUCCAUGACCUCACUCUGCAGGUGAUGAACCUGCAGAUGCAAAUGGACAACGUGACAUCAUUCAUGGACGAACAUGAGGAAAAUAUGCACGACCUUCACUAUCACACCAAGUAUUACGAAAACCGAACCAGAGAAAGGUUUGGGACUCUGGAAACCAGAAUGAACUCAAUCGAAAUGGAAAUUGAUACAAUAUCAUCUAGCAUCAAUGCCACAGUCAACCAUGUACAAAGCAUGUACAAGUAUAUCAACAUUGAAAGCACUUCUUGCCAGUCCAGACUCAGCAGCUACACAGAAGACCUACACAAUCUGAACAAUACAGCCUUGCUUCUCAUGCACGUUGCUGACACACUGAGGCAACAGUAUAUGUAUCUCAGUAUACGUAUGGAUGUGGAUGUGAGGAACUUCUCCAUGCUGAUGGAAGAAAUGAAGCUGGUUGAUGUCAAGCAUGAUCAGCUCAUCAAGAACUUCACCAUUUUGAAAGGGGCGCCUGGGCCUCCAGGUCCGAAGGGUAACAAGGGGGAUGUUGGAACCAGAGGCCCUGGGGGGAUCACUGGCCCUAAAGGGGACAAAGGGCUGUUGGGGACUCGUGGGACCCUAGGUGAGAAAGGGUUAAUGGGUCCCAAGGGAGCUGCUGGAGAGCCUGGGCCUGCUGGAGUCAAAGGCAGUUUGGGCAUCAAGGGUGCCAAAGGAUCCCUGGGGUAUCCAGGGGUCAAAGGUGAAAAAGGAGAAAAGGGUGACAUGGGGCCUCUUGGGAAGGAUGGACUGUUAGGCCCUAAAGGUUCCACUGGAGCAAAGGGGCAGAAAGGUCCCGCAGGUUUCCAUGGCGUCAGUGGCCCCAAGGGGGAUCCGGGCCUGCCUGGUCCAUUUGGUCUUCCGGGCCCGCCUGGUCCACCUGGUGCUCCGGGGAAUGCUGGUCCUAUGUAUUCAAGCAAGAACCCGCUGUAAAUGACCCUCCACACUCGAAGGGUAGUAAGUGGCAUCUCCUAAUAGAUCAUCAUGAGGAUGAACAGAUCACCUGGCAUCUCUCUUUUCUUACCCAAAGUAACCCUAGUGUUCAGGUGCGUAAAUGGGACCAUAGACAGUGCAGGCUGUCCUCUCGCUUAGCACGAAAGGGAUCUAAAAGACAACCUCGAAUGAUGCUUCAAACACGAGGCAAUGCUAAACGAGGCAAUCACGUCCGACCAAUGGCAGAAUGAAGCACAUUUGUGUGGAAAUUACCAUGUACGAAUUCACUAACUGUACAUAAAAUUAGACUGGUAACAGUAUUUAAUUCCAUUAUAAUAAUACAUUUAAUACAUUGUCUGUAAUAACAUAUCAUGCCACUUAAUGACAGCUGUCAUAAACUGGGUACAAAGCACAAGACAGUAAAAUGAUUUAGCUGUGUGACAGUGACAUAAGAAUAUAUGUCAAUAUAACGCCUUCAUUGAAAACCCGCUAAAGCCACUUAUAGUGUGGAAUACGUUCUGUAGUAAUUGUUAUAAAUAUUCUGUAUAUAAGAUGGGCAUUGUUAUGCGUUAUGUAUUGACAUUUACCAAGAAAGCAACACCGAAAUGUUAAAACAGCUUGUUAGUUUUUAUAUGUUUUCCCUCCUUAUAUCACUUUUUAACAUUUUACGGUGCUCUUUGUAAUUUAAAUUUUGAUUAGCCGUCGUGCUGGUGACCUUAUGGUUACAAUGUGUUUACAGUAAAAUAGAGGUUACAUCAGCCAGUGUAUGUACAUCGCCUAUUAUGACAGUGUCAUUAAUCAUAUCACAGAAAGGCCAUUUACACUCCCUCCUCUGUAACGUACUUUAUAUUACAAAUAUCAGCUGCUUAAAUGGCAGACAUCCUGAGUUAUUUUUUUAUCGUCAGACAGGAUCUUCAGUAAGAUUAGUUAUUCCUAAUGUGAGACUAUUACUUUGUUAUAUAGUCACAUGAAGCUUUUCUCUAUUACUCACCGUGUACGUACCACUGCCUUAGCUAAGCGCGUGCAAGUGCAAUCGCUCAGACACAUGGCUUCCGUUCGCAGCAUUUAUGAAUAACAGGCAACCUCAGUGAACCUGUCACCACCAUUAACGGUGUGAAUAAAGGGAGAACUGUAACAGGUGUAAAUUGUGGAGAGUGAUUAGGAAUGAAUUUGUGUGUAAAGUCAUGGUAAAUAAUCAUGAGGAUGGCCAGUAGGGUUUGUAAAAGCACCUCUGUGAAUGCAAAGUGACAAUUUGGGUUUACAUUAUAUCACAAUGCACUAUUCUUAAAUAAAAGAACAAUGACAUAUU